AUGUGUGCACUUAGUUUCGGCACCAUCCCUGGUAAGUACAGGAACUGGAACAACUGCAUGUCUUGUAUGAUAAGUAGUGUAACUUCUAAAAGUGUGGGGUUUGCGAGGGAUAGCCUAUUUGGAACUGAAAAGUGCACUAGGUUGGGAUGGAAAUAAAGGUUCCUCUAUCCAAGUCACGUGGGAAGAAAACAUAACACAUCUGGCCUUACAUCAAGUUAUGAUAUGACAUUCCUCAAGAUUCCAAUUACUCAUAUUCAAUCUGACAAACUGGGAGCAUUAACUGCACUCAGGCAUGGCGGCGCGCCUGUUUCUCCCAGCAACAGGAUCAAUCUCCAGAGGACGCACGCACUCGCUCCGGUCUGGUUCUGUUUCUGCUGACCGACAAAACAAGGACAAAAGCAGGGACAGACGCGGUGUCAGGUGACAGUGUAUGUCUCUCAACGCAGUGUUCUCUUUCUGAAACCAACGGUCAUAAUAUCUGGUAUCUGGUGAAUUGUUGAAGGGCAAUUUCCAUUUGGCAGAAACACCCCAAGGUUAUUCGUAAAUGAUUGGUUUACAAUGCCUUCUGAAAGUAUUCAGACCCCUUUACUUUUUUCCAAAUUUUGAUAGGUUACAGCCUUAUUCUAAAAUUGAUUAAAUUGUUUCCACCCCAUAAUGACAAAGCAAAUGCAGGUUUUUAGAUUUUUUGCUAAUUUAGAAAAAAUAAAAAACGGAAAUAUCACAUUUACUUAAGUAUUGAGAGGCCUGGGCAUUAUUGUUCACUAAUUUACUCCAAGUAGGGAAAGGAUGGUGGGGUUGAAAAGUAAUGAAGGGGAGUAUAUAUAUAAAAAAUAAACAUGGGGGAUUGGAAGUGAUGCAGACAAUUACAUUGAUAGAAGAUACAAUCUAUCUGCAAUAUUAAGCUGAUCCAUCCCCCCCCCCCCCCCCCCAAAAAAAAAAAAAAAAAAAAAUAUAUAUAUUAGUAUUGAGACCCUUUACUCAGUACUUUGUUGAAGCAGCUUUGGCAGUGAUUACAGGCACAAGUCUUAUUGUGUAUGAUGCUACAAGCUUGGCACACCUGUAUUUGGGGAGUUUCUCCCAUUCUUCUCUGCAGAUCCACUCAAGCUCUGUCAGGUUGGAUGGGGAGCGUCGCUGUACAGCUAUUUUCAGGUCUCUCCAGAGAUGUUCGAUCUGGUUCAAGUCCUGACUCUGGCUGGGCCACUCAAGGACAUUCAGAGACUCCUGCGUUGUCUUGGCUGUGUGCUUAGGGUCGUUGUCCUGUUGGAAGGUGAACCUUCGCCCCAAUCUGAGGUCCUGAUCGCUCUGGAGCAGGUUUUCAUUAAGGAUCUGUCUGUACUUUGCUUCGUUCAUCUUUGCCUCGAUCCUGACUAGUCUCCCAGUCCCUGGCACUGAAAAAUAUCCCCACAGCAUGAUGCUGUCACCACCAUGCUUUACCGUAGGUAUGGAGCCAGGUUUCCUCCAGACGUGACGCUUGGCAUUCAGGCCAAAGAGUUCAAUCUUGGUUUCAUCAGACCAGAGAAUCUUGUUUCUCAUGGUCUGAGAGUCUUUAGGUGCCUUAUUGGCAAACUCCAAGCGGGCUGUCAUGUGCCUUUUACUGAGGAGUGGCUUCCGUCUGCUACCAGCCAGCUCUAGCCUGGACUAUUAUCAGCCAGUCUGCACUGUCUGCACAGCGCGUUAUCAACACAGAACAUAUCAGAUUUUCUGCCGGAUUCACUGAAUCACUGGACCUUUAACACCGGAUCAUCGCAACCAGCUAGCUGCAACCAAAUGGAUGUUGUUGUUGGCUAAUCAGCCUUGAGCUAGCCUCGAGGCAGGCCCAUCUCCUGGCUAUCUACCUCUCUGUCACCGGACGGGACCUCCUAGUGUCGACACGGAGCCCCGCCGAUCCAUCACGACUGGUCUGCCGACGUAAUCGUCUGUGGUUUCAACAGGCUUCCCGUUGCGAUGACCACGAAGAUCCAUAUGCUAGCUCCGGCCCGCUAGCACACACAAACUGCUCGCCUGUGCUGUAGCACCAAUUCGAACUGCUCCUGGACUCACAUAUUGCUGUUCACCGGACCUUAUGAUAACUCAGCUGCACAGCUGAUGCCUGCUGGACUGUUCCUUUACACCGUACCCUGUCCUGUUUAUCUGUUUAGCCUCAGCCCAAACUUUCAUCGCCAUUACCAGUUGUUGUCUUAGCUCUCUCGAAUAACACCUGUGAUUGCUUUAUGCCUCUCUCCCAUGUCAAUAUGCCUUGCCUAUUGCUGUUCCAGUUAGUUCUUAUUAUACAAUUUCACUGUAGAGCCCCAAGUCCCUCUCAAACUGCCUCAAAUUGCUCCUUUGUUCCACCCCUCAUACACGCUGAGACCGGCUCAAUCGGUGCCUCCAGUGAUGCUAUCUCUUUCAUUGUUACCCAACCUGUAUAUCAAUGAUGUCGCUCUAGAUGCUGGUGACUCUCAGAUCCACCUCUACGCAGACGACACCAUUUUGUAUACAUCUGGCCCUUCAUUGAACACUGUGUUACCAAACCUCCAAACGAGCUUCAAUGCCAUACAACACUCCUUCCGUAGCCUCCAAAUGCUCUUAAACACUAGUAAAACGAAAUGCAUGCUCCUCAAUCGAACACUGCUGGCACCCGCCCACCCGACUAGAAUCACUACUCUCGGCGGGUCUGACCUAGAGUAUGUGGACAACUACAAAUACCUAGGUGUCUGGUUAGACUGUAAACUCCCCUUCCAGACCAAAGUUAAAUCUAGAAUCGGCUUCCUAUUUCGCAACAAAGCCUCCUUCACUCAUGCUGCCAAACAUGCCCUCGUAAAACUGACUAUCCUACCGAUCCUUGACUUCGGCGAUGUCAUUUACAAAAUAGCCUCCAACACUCUACUCAGCAAAUUGGAUGUAGUCUAUCACAGUGCCAUUUGUUUUGUCACCAAAGCCCCAUAUACUACCCACCACUGUGACCUGUACGCUCUUGUUGGCUGAUCCUCACUACAUAUUCGUCGCCAAACCCACUGGCUCCAGGCCAUCUAUAAAUCACUGCUAGGCAAAUCCCCGCCUUAUCUUAGCUCAUUGGUCACCAUAGCAACACCCACCCGUAGUAUGCGUUCCAGCAGGUAUAUCUCACUGGUCAUCCCCAAAGCCAACACCUCCUUUGACCGCCAUUCCUUCCAGUUCUCUGCUGCCAAUGACUGGAGCAAACUGCAAAAAUCUCUGAAGCUGGAGACUCUUAUCUCCCUCACUAACUUUAAGCAUCAGUUGUAAGAGCACCUUACCGAUCACUGCACCUGUACACAGCCCAUCUGUAAUUAGCCCACCCAACUACCUCAUCCCCAUAUUGUUAUUUAUUUUGCUCAUUUGCACCCCUGUAUCUCUAUUUGCACAUCAUCUCUUGCACAUCUAUCAUUCCAGUGUUAAUACUAAUUGUAAUUAUUUUGCACUAUGGCCUAUUUAUUGCCUUACCUCCAUAACUUGCUACAUUUGCACACACUGUAUAUAUAUUUUCUGUUGUAUUUUUGACUUUCUGUUUUGUUUUACACCAUAUGUAACUCUGUGUUGUUAUUUUUAUAGCACUGCUUUGCUUUAUCUUGGCCAGGUCGCUGUUUUAAAUGAGAACUUGUUCUCAACUGGCUUACCUGGUUAAAUAAAGGUUAAAUAAAUAAAAUAAAUAAAGUCUGGCCACUCUACCAUAAAGGCCUGAUUGGUGGAGUGCUCCAGAGAUGGUUGUCCUUCUGGAAGGUUCUGCCAUCUUCACAGAGGAACUCUAGAGCUCUGUCAGAGUGACCAUCGGGUUCUUGGUCACCUCCCUGACCAAGGCCCUUCUCCCCCGAUUGCUCAGUUUGGCCGGGUGGCCAGCUCUUGGAAGAGUCUUGGCGGUUCCAAACUUCUUACAUUUAAGAAUGAUGGAGACAUUUUUUGGUACCCUUCCCCAGAUCUGUGCCUCGACACAAUCCUGUCUCGGAGCUCUACAGACAAUUCCUUCGACCUCAUGGCUUUGUUUUUGCUGUGACAUGCACUGUCAACUGUGGGACCUUAAAUAGACAGGUGUGUGCCUUUCCAAAUCAUGUCCAAUCAAUUGAAUUUACCACAGGUGGACUCCAAUCAAGUUGUAGAAACAUCUCAAGGAUGAUCAAUGGAAACAGGAUGAACCUGAGCUCAAUUUCGAGUCUCAUAGCAAAGGCUCUGAAUACUUAUGUAAAUAAGGUAUUUCUGUUCUUUAUUUUAUACAUUUGCUAAAAUUUCCUGUUUUCGCUUUGUCAUUAUGGGGUAUUGUGUGUAGAUUUAUGAGGAUUUGUAUUUAUUUAAUCCAUUUUAGAAUAAGGCUGUAACGUAACAAAAUGUUGAGAAAGUCAAGGGGUCUGAAUACUUUCCGAAGGCACUGUAUAUGUGUGAAGGUUAUGUUGAAUGUGGCAAAAUCUAAGUAGAGGGUUGCAUUUUAUUUCUAAUGUAAUACAGUUCUAUACAUAAACAUACACACAAACGGUUUUGAUUCCUGGGAGGAGAGGAUGUUAAGGCAGACAGAUGGGGAGCCAGAGGUCAAAUCAGCUCCAGGGGCACACACACACACACACACACACACACACACACAAACACAAACACACACACACACACAUUUUAAAUACUUUAUUUGAACCCACCAAUUUUACAAAAAAAGAAUCCAAACAUUUCAAAGGUCCCUGUAUGCAUGGCACUAAAGGGUACAGAAAGCGCCUCCUUCUCCAAACAGCUAUGCUGCCCACGACAGCUGAAACAGAGCAGUACCUAGCCAAUUGCCUUGCCCUAGUUUUUAGCAGGCCCGCAAUCUGGAGGCCACACACUGCAAGCAUGUGUACGUGGCCGAGACUGCCAAAUAUCAGCGCCACCAGCUUGCACCUACACCCGAGGCUGUCCAAGUGUGCAAGCAUACAGAAAGCGAGGGAGGGAUAAACAGAGGCCACAAAAAGACACAUACUUUCAGCUACACACUCAUCUCUCCUGGAUGAGUUUCAAAGGAGUUUCAAGUCAUUUGAAAAACAGCCACGGGCUACCAUGUUGCAGUGUCUGUGUCACUCUACCCUUCUCUCAGGCUCUCUGCCCCACCCCCUCCACUCCCACUCCUGUGUCAUUGUUCGUACUCAGAUUCAUAUUACUCAAUCACUUUUCAUGCUACCCCAUUAAACACUAUCUACAUGCUAAACUAAAAUUAGACACCUUUAGUCUGUGAUGCUUAAACAUUUAUACUAUAAAUAAUUGUUUAAUUGACAUUGAGCUGGUGAUACAAUUAUUUGUUGCUUAUAGAUCUUAUAUGUAAAAUCUAUUUCUCUCUUCUCUCACCCCAUUAAACUCUGUCUCUUUUCUGCUUUCUCUCUCUCUCCCUCCUUUCCUCUCCCAUCUCCAGGUGAGUUUGGAUCUCUGGCUGAGAUGGAGGAUCUCCUGUUGAGGAACCUGUUCCAGGGGUACCAGCGCUGGGUCCGGCCCAUCCAGCACGCCAACGACACGGUCACAGUACGCUUCGGACUCAAGAUCUCACAGCUGGUGGACGUGGUGAGGAUACGCACGCACACACGUAUGCAUGCACAGGCAUGAACACACACAUGCUAAACGCACACACGCUAAUCGCAGGCUAAACGCACGCACACGUACACAGUGGAAAAAGACCUUACCGUAUAAACAAACAGUAAAAGACAUGAACGGUUCAAAAUAUAUUGUCUGAAUGGCUUGAGCCAUGUAUUUCUUGUAAUUCUGACUCUGUCCAUGUUGCUGAAACAAGUAAUGCUGAAAGAAAGGGGUACUAUGAACCACAGUGAAACAACUCCACUCUCCUGAGCUGUCCAAGGUCCUGAAAUAAAGCUGUUGGCCUCAGUGGAACUUCUAUCUAGCUUUUUCUCUCCUUUUAUGGAACUCACAGAACACACUCUUUUCCAACAGAGCUUUCAUUUUUCAGGGCCUCAUUUGAUAAGCUGAGGUGGUUAGCUGUUCUUUCAAAGAACACAAGCAGCUAAUGGAACAGUCCCAUUCAUGGUCUUCAAUAUUAACCUUGCCUACACAAGCAGCAGGAUACAUAUUCUCUCUCUCUCUCUCUCUCUCUCUCUCUCUCUCUCUCUCUCUCUCUCUCUCUCUCUCUCUCUCAAUUCAAUUCAAUUUGCUUUAUUGGCAUGACGUAACAAUGUACAUAUUGCCAAAGCUUACUUUGGAUAUUUACAAUAUUAACAUAAUUAAAAUAAUAAUCAUCAAUAUUGUCAACGGGACAACAGUAACCAAGGGUCAAAAUAACCAUUGAACAAUAACAAUAUAGAGGACAUCUUAUCUUAUCUCUCUCUCUCUCUCUCUCUCUCUCUCUCUCUCUCUCUCUCUCUCUCUCUCUCUCUCUCUCUCUCUCUCUCUCUCUCUCUCUCUGAGGGGAGAGGCCUGUGGCAUGUAUGUAAUUGUUUCAAGGCAAAAAGCGUUGUAAAUACUAACUGAUGUUAUCAUACCAUAGAGAGAGAAUGAGAAUGAGAAUGAAAGAAUGUAGGAAAAGUGAUCCAACACGGAGGAUAGGAAAAGAGGGAGAGAGAGGAAGAACGAGAAAGAGAGAGAGCUGAAGCACAGGAGAAAGAGAGAUAUGGGUAGGAUAUGAUAGGAAAAGAGAUAGAACCUGGAGGAUAGAGGUGAAUCACAGGAGAAAGCGAUAGAGAUGGAGAGAUACAGAGAGAAGUGAUCUGCUCCAGGCUGAUAAGUGGUGCCAGUGUUGCUAGGCAUCUGUCCUGUAUUAGGUUACAGUUCACCUCUGGACUAUGUAAAUUAAAAUCUUCCCUGUUAUGUUGUCCGGUGCCAAGUUUUUCUAAAGGAAACUCUGAAAUGGAAAGAUUUUAGAAUAUUCCCAAGAAAAUCUAUCACAAUUGGAUGGAAAUCUAGCUAUAGACACCCUAAAGACAAAAAAUUUGUCACUUUGAUUAUGCCUGCACAUCAUGGUUCACCAGCAGCCCAAAACAGCUAUAGAAUAAGCUACCAGCCAAACAAGCUUGUAAGAAUUGUACUUAUACUCCCCCCUCAUACUCAUCUGGAGGUUGAGCAUUUUUUCUAUCUCUGUAAUGUGUCUGUAUCUAUGUAAUGUGUCUGUAUCUAUGUAAUGUGCCUGUAUCUCUGUAAUGUGUCUGUAUCUAUGUAAUGUGUCUGUAUCUAUGUAAUGUGUCUGUAUCUCUGUAAUGUGUCUGUAUCUCUGUAAUGUGUCUGUAUCUCUGUAAUGUGUCUGUAUCUCUGUAAUGUGCCUGUAUCUCUGUAAUGUGCCUGUAUCUCUGUAAUGUGUCUGUAUCUCUGUAAUGUGCCUGUAUCUCUGUAAUGUGUCUGUAUCUCUGUAAUGUGUCUGUAUCUCUGUAAUGUGUCUGUAUCUAUGUAAUGUGUCUGUAUCUCUGUAAUGUGCCUGUAUCUCUGUAAUGUGCCUGUAUCUCUGUAAUGUUUCUGUAUCUAUGUAAUGUGUCUGUAUCUCUGUAAUGUGUCUGUAUCUCUGUAAUGUGCCUGUGUCUAUGUAAUGUGUCUGUAUCUAUGUAAUGUGUCUGUAUAUAUGUAAUGUGUCUGUAUCUAUGUAAUGUAUCUGUAUCUAUGUAAUGUGUCUGUAUCUAUGUAAUUGUUUAUGUGUUUAUGUAUAAAAUAGGAACCACAAUAGAAAUAAGUCCCUGACUUUAUUGUGCAAUCCCGGUCACUUAAAAAAUAUUUGUGUAUAUAUGUAUUUUAAAUGAAAUACAAUCAAUCAAUCAAUCCAAACUGUGCGGUGGCCAAUUGAUGAAUGGAAAGAGACCUCUGUUACAAAACACCAAAAAGUUUAAUGACAUUAGGAGAUUGUCAAGCCAAGCCUUUGAUACUGGGUAAGACUACAAGGUAAGGAGGGAUGUAUGUUCUGUUUGUCCAGAUUGACAGUCUAUUUAUGGAGGUGAUGAAAACGCAAACCAUGAUAUUGAAGUGCCCAAAGUCGGUAUGCUUUGUUUACUGGUUGUGUGGUGCAUUGGCACAAAAACCCGUUGGUGGAAAAUUUGUUCCAUAUACAGUGCCUUCGGAAAGUAUUGACCUUGACCUUUUCCACAUUUUGUUACGUUACAGCCUUAUUCUAAAAUUGAUUAAAUAUUUGUUUUUCCUCAGCAAUCUACACACAAUACCACAUAAUGACAAAGCGAAAACAUUUUUUUUGAUUGUUUUGCAAAUGUAUUAAAAAUAAAAAACAGAAAUACCUUUACUUUACAUAAGUAUUCAGACCCUUUGCUAUGAGACUCGAAAUUGGUGCAUCUUGUUUCCAUUGAUCAUCCUUGAGAUGUUUCUACAACUUGAUUGGAGUCCACCUGUGGUAAAUUCAAUUGAUUGGACAUGAUUUGGAAAGGCACACACCUGUCUAUAUAAGGUCCCACAGUUGACAGUGCAUGUCACAGCAAAAACAAAGCCAUGAGGUCGAAGGAAUUGUCUGUAGAGCUCCGAGACAGGAUUGUGUCGAGGCACAGAUCUGGGGAAGGGUACCAAAACAUGUCUGCAGCAUUGAGGGUCCCCAAGAAUACAGUGCCCUCCAUCAUUCUUAAAUGGAAGAAGUUUGGAACCACCAAGACUCUUCCUAGAGCUGGCUGCCCGGCCAAACUGAGCAAUGGUGGGAGAAGGGCCUUGGUCAGGGAGGUGACCAAGAACCCGAUGGUCACCCCGACAGAGCUCUAAAGUUCCUCUGUGGAGAUGGGAGAACCUUCCAGAAGGACAACCAUCUCUGCAGCACUCCACCAAUCAGGCCUUUAUGGUAGAGUGGCCAGACGGAAGCCACUCCUCAGUAAAAGGCACAUGAUAGCCCAAUUGGAAUUUGCCAAAAGGCACCUAAACACUCUCAGACCAUGAGAAACAAGAUUCUCUGGUCUGAUGAAACCAAGAUUGAACUCUUUGGCCUGAAUGCCAAGCGUCACGUCUGGAGGAAACCUGGCACCAUCCCUACGGUGAAGCAUGGUGGUGGCAGCAUCAUGCUGUGGGGAUGUUUUUCAGCGGCAGGGACUGGGAGACUAGUCAGGACCGAGGCAAAGAUGAAUGGAGAGUACAGAGAGAUCCUUGAUGAAAACCUGCUUCAGAGCGCUCAGGACCCAGACUGGGGCGAAGGUUCACCUUCCAACAGGACAACGACCCUACGCACACAGCCAAGACAAUGCAGGAGUGGCUUCGGGACAAAUCUCUGAAUGUCCUUGAGUGACCCAGCCAGAACCUGGACUUGAACCCGAUCGAACAUCUCUGGAGAGACCUGAAAAUAGCUGUGCAGCAAUGCUCCCCGUCCAACCUGACAGAGCUUGAGAGGAUCUGCAGAGAGGAAUGGGAGAAACUCCCCAAAAACAGGUGUGCCAAGCUUAUAGCAUCAUAUCCUAGAAGACUCAAGGCUGUAAUCGCUGCCAAUGGUGCUUCAACAAAGUACUGAGUAAAGGGUCUGAAUACUUACGUAAAUGUGAUAUUUCACUUUUAUUUUUAUUUUUUUGCAAACAUUUCUAAAAACCAGUUUUUGCUUUGUCAUUAUGGAGUAUUGUGUGUAGAUUGAUGAGGGGGGAAAAAACAAUUUAAUACAUUUUAGAAUAAGGCUGUAAUGUAACAAUGUGGAAAAAGUCAGAAUACUUUCUGAAUGCACUGUACGUUAGAUAAUGAUAAAUCAUCAAACCGGCAGAGAGAGUGAGCUCAAAUGUGGUGGUCGGAGAAUCCUCAACCUUCUGGCCUGUAGCAAUGCAUUGCAUCGACUGUGCCACAAAAGCAUGCUGAAGUGGCAAAGUCAAUAUCCACAUUUAUAAACACAGUUAUUGUUAUUUGUGUUCGUAAACAUCAUUGUUAUGAUGAGUUUCCUGGUAUCGAGAAGUUCAGGAUGCAAGAGAGCAGUCGAACACUUAGAUGGAGAGUUGAUUCAUAGUUAGUUAAUAGUUACAGUACUGGAUUCACAUGACAAGCGGUACGGGCGUAGCCUCUUGUCAUCCGAAUGACUUUACAUAGAAAACCUCUCAGUUUUCGGAGAUAAUUUCGGAGCUAAUUCCAUCCAAAAGUUGCCAACAAUUAUUGAGUGCCACUCAUCUCCUACAAUAGGAUCCCCCUACAUGGUAUCGUGUGGCACACUAGCCAGGCCAUUCCAUCACGUACUCCUUCUAAGAUUAGCACCAGUGGUCCCCAAUCUAUCUUGGCACGCAGACCUUCUGUCACCCACUAACUAACACAUGGCGUGUCCUUAUCCUCUCUAUAUGAGAUCAACGACAUUAACCAAUACUGUAUAAAAAUAUGUUAUAUCAAUCAUUUUGAGUUAAUUCUAUGACGGGGAGGGUGUUACAUUUAUUUUACAGUACAAGGGGAGGGUCAUGUGAAAAUAUUUUAAAUGUUGGGGAAGGGGGUGCAUUUUUUAAAUGACACCUUGAGUUGGACCAGCCCCUCCCCCCCUUUACAUUUCGAUGUCUCUUAUAAUUUCCGACAUAUUGGUAGUCUAUUUGUUAGUCAACUUGUCUAUAAUUAGAUUAGUCUAUAAUGUAAUUUCUCUUCUAUCAUUAUAUUUUGCCCUAGACUACUAAAUAAACCCUUGCUCACCAGAGUAAUAACAUAAAUCGAUAGAAUGAAUGCUUCAAUCUAGUUGACAUCAGUAAAGUUUUCUCUGUCAUCUCUGCUUCUUUGGCAGAGGAAAGACGUUUAGACACUGGGGAGAAAAUGCAAUAAAAUAUAUUUUCAGUUUGACCGGUUGUAACGAAUUACAAAGCUGUGAAAAUGACUCAACAUGUUUCUGAUAAGAUUCCAGUUCGGCUUGGAUGCAUAUUUUAUGUGGUUGAAAUAAUAUCCGCUUUUAAGAUGCUGAUAAAGAUAGCACCUCAUACAGAUCGUAUCUAACUGCGCAUUCACAUUCUCUCAAGAUGCAGAGAGAGAAAUAAAUCAUAUUUCUCCACUCCUGUUCCCAAGUAAAAAUGUUGUCUACAUUUGGUGUAUCAUUUUACUGCAAGGAAUGCUUAAUUCUGCAGGAGUUAAUAUUAAGGCUAUGUCAAUCAAUCACAUUUACUUAUAAAGGCCUUUUUACAUCAAUAGAUUUCACAAAGUGCUAUAAAGAAACCCAGCCUACAACCCCAAACGUCAAGCAAUGCAGAUGUAGAAGCACGGUGGCUAGGAAAAACUUCCUAGAAAGGCAGGAACCUAUGAAGAAACCAGGCUCUGAGGGGUGGCCUGUCCUCUUCUGGCUGUGCCGGGUGGAUAUUAAAAGAGUACAUGGCCGGACAUUCAGAGGUCGAGUCAGCAGGUGCACUAGAGAACGAGAGAGAGAGAGAGAGAGAGGGAGAGUCGAAAACUGCAGGUCUGGGACAAGAUAGCACGUCCGGUGAACAGGCCAGGGUUCCAUAGCCGCAGGCAGAACAGUUGAAACUGGAGCAGCAGCACAACCAGGUGGACUGGGGACAGCCAGGAGUCAUCGGGGAAGUGAUGGAGAGAGGCAGAGAGAGAGAGAGAAUUAGAGGGAGCAUACUUAAAUGUACACCAGAUAAGACUAUUGCAGCAUAGAUACUGGAGGCUGAGACAGGGAGGGAUCGGGGGACACUGUGCCUCGUCCGACGAUACCCCCGGACAGGGCCAACCAGGCAGGAUAUAAUCCCACCCACUUUGCCAGAGCACAGCCCCCACAUCACUAGAGGGAUAUUAACAGACCACUGAGACACUGCUGAGUAUAGCCCAUGAAGAUCUCCUCCACCGCACGAGCCCGAGGGGGCGGAAGACAGGACAGGAAGCUCACGUCAGUGACUCAACCCACUCAAGUCGAGUAUAGCGCAAAAAAUCCUGGCACGACAUGAAGCACCCCUCCUAGGGACGGCAUGGAAGAGCACUAGUAAGCCAAUGACUCAGCCCCCGUAAUAGGGUCAGAGGCAGAGAAUCCCAGUGGAGAGAGGGGAGCCGGCCUUGCAGAGACAGCAAGGGUGGUUCGUCAUUCCAGUGCCUUGCCGUUCACCUUCGCACCCCUGGGCCAGACUACAGUCAAUCAUAGGACCUACUGAAGAGAUGAGUCUUCAGUAAAGACUUAAAGGUCGAGACAGAGUCUGCGUCUCUCACAUGGAUAGGCAGACCUUUCCAUAAAACUUGAGCUAUAUAGCAGAAAGGCCUGCCUCCAGCUGUUUGCUUAGAAAUUCUAGGGACAAUAAGGAGGCCUGCGUCUUCUGACCGUUCUAGUCAAGAUUCUAGCAGCCGUAUUUAGCACUAACUUAAGUUUAUUUUGUGCUUUAUCUGGGUAGAGCAUUGCAGUAGUCUAAUCUAGAAGUGACAAAAGCAUGGACUAGUUUUUCAGCAUAAUGUUUGGACAAAACGUUUAAGAUUUUUUGCAAUGUUACAAAGAUGGAAGAAAGCUGCCCUUGAAAUAUUAUUGAUAUGUUCAUUAAAAGAGAGAUCAGGGUCCAGAGUAACACUGAGGUCCUUCAAAAUUUUAUUUGAGACGACUGUUCAACCAUCAAGAAUAAUUGUCAGAUCAAACAGCAGAUCUCUUUGUUUCUUGGGACAUAGAACUAGCAUCUCUGUUUUGUCCGAGUUUAAAAGUAAAACAUUUGCCGCCAUUCACUUCCUUAUGUCUGAAAUACAGGCUUCCAGGGUAAGCAAUUUUGGGGCUUCCAUGUUUAUCGAAAUGUACAGCUGUGUGUCGUCUGCAUAGCAGUGAAAGUUGACAUUGUGUUUCCGAAUGGCAUCACCAAGAGGUAGAAUAUAUAGUGAAAACCAUAGUGGUCCUAAAACUGAACCUUGAGGAACACCGAAACGUACAAUUGGUUUGUCAGAGGACAAACCAUCCACAGAGACAAACUGAUAUCUUUCCAACAGAUAAGAUCUAAACCAGGCGAGAACUUGUCCGUGUAGACCAAUUAGGGUUUCCAAUCUCUCCAAAAGAAUGUGGUGAUCGAUGGUGUCAAAAGCGGCACUAAGGUCUAGGAGCACGAGGACAGAUGCAGAGCCUUGGUCUGACGCCAUUAAAAUGUAAUUUACCACCUUCACGAGUGCAGUCUCAGUACUUUGAUGGGGUCUAGAACCAGACUGAAGCGUUUCGCAUACAUUUGUCUUCAGGAAGGCAGUGAGUUACUGCGCAACAGCUUUUCUAAUUUUUAUGAGAGGAAUGGGAGAUUCGAUAUAGGCCGAUAGCUUUUUACAUUUUCCGGGUCAAAAGGUUUGCCUUUUUCAAGAGAGGCUUUAUUACUGCCACUUUUAGUGAGUUUGGUACACAUCCGGAGGAUAGGGAGACGUUUAUUAUGUUCAACAUAGGAGGGCCAAGCACAGGAAGUAGCUCUUUCAGUAGUUUAGUUGGAAUAGGGUCCAGUAUGCAGCUGGAAGGUUUAGAGGCCAUGACUAUUUUUGUGAAUGUGUCAAGAGAUACAGGAUUUAAAAACUUGAGUGUCUCCAUUGAUCCUAGGUCCUAGCAGUUCUGUGCAGACCCAGGACAACUGAGCUUUGGAGAAAUACGCAGAUUCAAAGAGGAGUCCGUAAUUUGCUUUCUAAUGAUCAUGAUCUUUUCGCCAAAGAAUUUCAUGAAUUCAUCACCUCUGAAGUGAAAGCCACCCUCUCUUGGGGAAUGCUGCUUUUUAGUUAGCUUUGCGACAGUAUAAAAAAUAAAUGUUAGAUUGUUCUAAUUCUCCUGAAUUAGGAAAAAUAGGCUGAUCGAGCAGCAGUAAGGACUCUUCGAUAUUACACGGUACUGUCUUUCCAAGCUAGUCGGAAGACUUCCAGUUUGGUGGAGAGGUUAUAGACUUACAGUCAGUCAGUGUCCAGAUUUCAGAUUCCAAUUAACCCAUUUGAACAGUAGGCUACAGUUUCCUUGACGUGCCAUAGGCCUAUUUGAAGUCCCUGUCUUGUGACUGUCGAAUUUGUAUAGCACCUCUCAAUCAUUUCACAAAAUAUAGCCAGUACUGCUAUCAUCCUCUUUUACCACUUCACCAAAUCUUUCCCAAACAUGCAUUUUCAGGCCCUUUAUUUUCAACUCUCCAUUUCGCAGUUUUUCUCUUAUUGAAUUAAACUCUGACAUUGUCCCUUUUGCCUCCGUGGAUCAAUAGUUAACUUUUUCUGCCCGUUCCCAAAAGUAUUUGGCGAUUGGCGUGUAGGCUAUUUGGCGCCUGUACAGCUUAGGCUUACACACUAAUGCCAGAUAGCCUAAAAUAAUGAAAGAAAACCCUUAAUGUAGCCUGUAGAUAUAAAUUGCACAAGAGUGAUACAUUUAUGGAUAGUUUAAGGUAUAAUCAUGACAUAAUGUAAAAAGGAAAUGGAACGGACAGCAAAAUUGGAUUCCAUUCAAAUGAUAUACGAUACACAUUUCUAACCUAGAUGUCUCCUCUCCACUGCUCCACUCUACAUGACCUCUCUCUCUCUCUCUCUCUCUCUCUCCUCUCUCUCUCUCUCUCUCUCUCAGGAUGAGAAGAACCAGCUGAUGACCACUAAUGUGUGGCUGUGGCAGGUGAGGAGGAGAAGGGGGUGACUGUAGCUUGUAAAAGAGGCGUAGAAACUGUGUUGUUGUCCACAGAAGAGGAUAGAUAGAUAGAUAACAAUCUGUGUUUUUCCCUCAACAGGAGUGGAUAGAUUAUAAACUGCGAUGGAACCCUGAGGACUAUGGUGGGAUCACAUCGAUCAGAGUUCCAUCUGAGACCAUCUGGCUACCCGACAUCGUGCUCUAUGAGAAGUAAGCUCUAUGAUAAUAUGUCACAUGUUAUGAUGGGCUCCAUUUAGCAUAAUGUCUUCAGACAAGACAGUGUAACCUCAACCUAUUUUCACACUAAUAGCCCACAUUGAUACUGUAGAUCCUUUUUUUGUAUGAUGUAUUCCUAAAAUGUAUGUUUUAUACACACCCUAGAAAGCCAGUAUGAAGGUUAGCUCUCAGGCUACAAUGAAAGGUGGCCGGUGUGUGGGAGAAAAAAUAUCUGAGUUCAAAAAGUACUCGCACUCAAAACCAUGAAGAGGAAUAACCCAAGGAGGCCGAGAUGCAAAAAUAAUAUAAUUAAUUUAAUCCAUGCUCAAAAGAAUACAAAAAGUGAAAGUGCAAGGUACUAAUAAAAUACGAUUCGGCCUUAUACACACCCUAACCAUAACAUUAAACCUAAACCUAACCCUAAUCUUACCCCCUGCCCCCCUCUCCUCCCCCAGUGCUGACGGGCGGUUCGAGGGCUCCCUGAUGACCAAAGCCAUCGUUAAGUCCAACGGUAGGAUCACGUGGACCCCUCCGGCCAGCUACAAGUCAGCCUGCACUAUGGACGUCACCUUCUUCCCCUUCGACAGACAGAACUGCUCCAUGAAGUUUGGCUCCUGGACCUACGAUGGUAACAUGGUGGACAUGAUCCUGUUAGAUGACUAUGUAGACAGGAAGGACUUUUUUGACAACGGAGAGUGGGAGAUCCUGAACGCCACGGGGGCCAGAGGAAACCGGAGGGACGGGAUGUAUUCCUUCCCCUUUAUAACGUACUCUUUCAUUCUGAAACGUCUCCCGCUGUUCUAUACACUCUUUCUUAUUAUUCCGUGUCUCGGUCUGUCGUUCCUGACCGUGCUGGUGUUCUAUCUUCCAUCGGAUGAAGGGGAGAAGCUCUCUCUCUCCACCUCCGUCCUUGUGUCGCUCACUGUGUUCCUCCUUGUCAUAGAAGAGAUCAUCCCAUCUUCCUCCAAGGUCAUCCCCCUCAUCGGGGAGUACCUCCUCUUCAUCAUGAUCUUCGUCACCCUCUCCAUCAUCGUCACGGUGUUUGUUAUCAAUGUGCACCACCGUUCCUCGGCCACCUACCAUCCCAUGUCCCCCUGGGUUCGCUCCCUCUUCCUUCAGAGGCUACCUAGGAUGCUGUGCAUGCGGGGCCACACUGACCGGUACCACUACCCAGAGCUGGCGCCGGAGAGCCCCGAGCUGAAGCCCCGGUCUGGGGGCCUUAAAGGGGGUCAGAGGGCCAGCAGUGGGACCCAUGUACAGAGUCCUCUGGAGGGGAAGGAGGAUGAGAGUCAGGCCUGGGUCACCAUGCUGGAGAGAGCUACGUACUCAGUGCGCUACAUCAGCCGCCAUAUACGCAAGGAGCACUUUAUCAGAGAGGUGGGUCACAAUGCAAUAUGUUUUAAUCAACAUGAUAUGUAGUGUAAUAUCAUGUAUAUAAUGUUAUAAUCAGCAGCUGAAUUUGUUCCUGUUUCCUUGAUUUUCCUGUUUUUCUUAUUCCAGGUGGUCCAGGACUGGAAGUUUGUGGCUCAGGUUCUGGACAGGAUCUUCCUGUGGGCCUUCCUCACUGUGUCUGUCCUGGGGACCAUCCUAAUCUUCACCCCUGCCCUGCAGAUAUUCCUUAGUACCCCUCCCCAGUCAGGACCCAGCACCCCCCUCUAA